UUAAGUACUUGCUACAUUGAAUUUAGAAGUUAAAUUGAAGUUAAUUGAAGCGUGAACUUAAAAAUAUUAAGUAAAUUCUACAUUUGUACUCAAUUCAAACAUGUAAAAAUGAAUGCUCUAGCUUAUAAGUAAAUAUUAUUUAGGAUUGUUUGUUAUUUUUACAAUGCGUCAUCAUGUAUCAGUCCUAAAGUAGAAAACAGUGUUAUAUUUUUUUGCUAUUUGCUAAAUUUUAUUUUAUUUUACUAAACUUUCCAAAGCUGGAAAUUUCAAAAAUUAAUGAGCUUGCAUGGUUUCACUGUUUGCAAGUUUAUUUACACCGUUUUUAUUUUAGAUUUUGUUGUUACGUUUAGUAACUUCUUGUUUGUGAAGUCUGAAGUUCAUUACUCAAAAUUACCCGUUCAUGAUCAGAAAAAAAUUAUCCGUUGAUUGUUACCGAUUGUUACCAGGGGGUUCAAGGCAAAUCUAGGGGGACAAUUUCUCCUGCAGCCCCUUCUUAGACCCGGCCAUGAUUCCCUACACUACAGAGCUGUCAGCUUACUGGUGUCUAGUGCCGAAAGCUUCACAAAAUAACACUGCACUCUGGUUUUUGCCCAACAAGCAACCUGCACACAUGUCUUCUCAGCGGCGAAAACAUGUGGGCAGGAACAAGAAUUUGAGAAGAGCUCUUGAUGGUCGCGAGAUCACUUGUCGUCUGUCCAGUGGCUGCAAUUGGUCGCUCAGACUCGAGACUAAAUAUUGUGACGAGGUGCAGGACUGAAGAGCUCAAAGAAUGGGCGAAUAACGACAGACAAAACACCUACACAGAGCGCACGAGGAGCUGUCGGACUGAAGCUACGAACAGAUACAAGCAAGUGAAGUCUGAGGCGACACGGACUAUAACAAGACGCGGGAAUUUGGAUCACACUGAGAUCAAGCGGAUUUGAUUGGAUCUCUUUGAAGCGAAUAGUCUGAAAGGUGAAGGGGAGGCAUCACUCACAUGGCUGUAAGGAUGCAGGUGUCGGGAUCGAGGAUAAAGCUGUUGUGUCCACUUAUCUCUCUGGCUCUGAUUCAGUUUCUCACCCCUGUUUCAACUGAAGUUCCAGCCCCACGAAGACUUCGAUUUAAAGUUCUGAGUGCAGGCAAGCUGCUUGUCUCAUGGAAGGAACCAAAAGGAGAAUAUGAUGGCUACAAAUUUAUUUAUAAAAGUGAACCAGGUGGAGAGACGAAUGAGCUGCAAAUUGCAAAGGGAGAGAAUAAAGCAAUAAUAAAGGAUUUUAAUCCCAACAUGGAGUAUUCAGUCAAGGUUAUAGCUGUGAGUGGAAACCAGCUCAGCAGAGUACUCCAGGGAAAAUAUUCUGAAGAUAAAGACAGUGAUGGAGAUACCACUCAGCCUCAAAGACUCAGAGAGCCCAGGCCUAUGGAGGAGGGCAAUGAGAUUUCAGCAGCGGAACAAUUUGUCUGCACAAGUCACGCCAUUGCAGAUAUUGUCAUCCUGGUCGAUGGCUCUUGGAGUAUUGGAAGAAUCAAUUUCCGUCUGGUUCGCAUGUUCCUGGAAAACCUAGUCAAUGCCUUUGAUGUGGGAAUAGACAAAACCCGGAUCGGUCUAGCCCAGUACAGUGGAGAUCCGAGGAUUGAAUGGCACUUGAAUGGCUUUAGCACAAAAGAUGCAGUGUUAGAUGCUGUAAAAAACCUGCCAUACAAAGGAGGCAACACUCUCACAGGUCUAGCUCUCACCUACAUCCUGGAGAAUAGCUUCAAACCUGAGUCUGGGGCUCGUAUAAAUGUUCCCAAAAUUGGAAUCCUGAUAACUGAUGGCAAAUCCCAGGAUGACGUCAUCCCACCUGCUCAGAUCCUGAGAGAAGCUGGAGUCGAAGUAUUUGCCAUUGGUGUAAAGAACGCUGAUGAGAAUGAGUUAAAAGCUAUUGCCUCUGAACCGGACGACACACACGUUUUUAAUGUGGCUGACUUCAGUAUCAUGAGCACUAUAGUGGACGGUCUGACCAGGACUGUGUGUGAUGGAGUGGAGCAUCAGGACAAAGAAAUCAAACGUGAUUCUUUUGCUGAAGAGAUAGCAUUCCCACCUCAGGACUUGGUCAUUUCUGAAGUGACUGCGCACAGUUUCCGUGUGUCCUGGACUCAUGCGCCUGGCAAUGUGGAAAGAUAUCGCGUGGUUUACCAUCCAACCAGAGAAAACCUGCGGGAAGAGAUUGUUGUGGGUGGCACAGAGAAUUCAGUCCUCCUGCAAAAUUUGAACUCUCUGACUGAGUACGAGAUAGCUGUGUUUGCUGUAUUCCACAACUCAGCAAGUGACGCACUAAGAGGCAACGAGAUCACAUUGGCUCUACCCACAGUGAGGGAUCUUGAACUGUACGAUGUGAAUGACAACAGCAUUAAAGCUCGCUGGAAGGACGCAGAAGGGGCUUCUGGAUACAUGAUCCUUUACGCUCCACUGAGCAGUGACACUGUAGGUGAAAGAGAGCUGAAAGUGGAUGAGACAGUCAAUAAUGUGGAGCUGAAGGGUUUGAUUCCUAAUACGGAGUACUCCGUUACGGUCUAUGCCAUGUUUGGAGAGGAGGCCAGUGACCCAGCUACUGCUCAAGAGGCCACCAUGUCCCUGAGGCCUCCACGUAAUCUGCGGGUCACUGAAGUUGACCACAGCUCUGUCCAACUCCACUGGGACGCAGUGUCGAGUAAGGUUAAGGGCUACCGAGUCAUGUAUGUCAAGACAGAUGGUGUCCAGACCAAUGAGGUGGAGUUGGGUCCAGUCACCAAUGUGUACCUGAAGAACUUGUCACCCUUGACAGAGUAUACGGUUGCUGUUUUUGCUCUUUAUGACGCCGGCCAAUCAGAGGCGCUCAGCGGAGGAUUCACUACAAAGCUCGUGCCACCCCCAUUCAACCUGAUGUCUACUGAGGUCACCUCAAAGAGUUUCCGGGUGAAAUGGUCACACCCUGCCCGAGAUGUGGUGCUCUACAAGCUGGCCUGGUCACCAACUGGAGGAGGAGACAAGAAAGAGAUGCUGCUGAAUGGAGCUGUGGACUCGUAUGUGAUCCAUAACCUCUCUCCUCUCAUGGACUAUAAGGUAUCACUAACGGCCAUCUAUAAAGAGGAGACAGAGAGCAUUGCUGUGAUCUUGCUUGAGAAAACACUGGGCUGGACCACAAUAAUUCCAACCACCCUCACCUUCACCACAGCAAUUGUUCGACUAGGAGUGACUAACUUGCGGGUGGAUGAUGAAACCUCCUUUAGUCUGCAAGUGAGCUGGGAGGUGCUGGACUUAGAUGUGAAGCAGUUCAAAGUGACAUAUGUCAGUGCAGACCGCACAGAGGAGACAGUGUUUGUCCUGGGAAACAGGAAGAGCGUGAUCCUGCAACCUCUCCUCUCAGAAACAGAGUACAAGAUCACUGUGACCCCUAUUUAUGCAGAUGGAGUGUCCACCUCACUAUCCAUGGCCGCUUCUGGCAAAACAUUGGCACUAUCUGCCCCCACUAACCUAAGAGUGUUUGAUGAGUGGUACAAUCGCUUACGCAUCAGCUGGGACACACCUCAAAUCACCACUAUGGGUUACAGGGUCAUCUACCAGCCCAUCUCUGAGUCAGGUCCGGCUCUAGAGACGUUUGUAGGGGAUGAUGUGGACACCAUGCUGCUCCCCAAUCUGCUGAGUGGCACAGAGUACAAAAUCCAGGUCAUCGCCUCCUACACCAGCGGCUCCAGCCAAUCCCUCACCGGCAAGGGCAGCACAUUGUUCCUGGGGGUGAACAAUCUCAACACAUACCAGGUACAUAGUACCAGCAUGUGUGCACAGUGGCAGCCUCAUCGCCAUGCCUCCCUCUACAGAGUUGUCAUUGAGUCGCUGCUUAAUGGACAGAAACAGGAAGUGAAGAUUGGUGGCGGUGCUUCCAGGCAGUGCUUCUUCAACCUUUCCCCCAACAUCCAGUACAAAAUCAGCGUCUUCACUCUUUUACAGGACUUGGAGGGCCCUGCUGUCACCACCAUGGCAACUACUUCUCCAGCACCCACCCAACCACCAACUGUACCACCCACUACGAUCUCUCCUCCUACCAUACCGCCAGCUAAAGAAGUUUGUAAAGCAGCCAAGGCAGACCUGGCUUUCCUUGUAGACGGCUCGUGGAGUAUCGGAGAUGACAACUUUCAGAAGAUUAUCCGCUUCCUAUACAGCACAACUGGUGCACUUGACGUGAUUGGCCCAGAGGGAACACAGGUAGCCAUUGCUCAGUUCAGUGAUGACGCCAGGACUGAGUUCAAGCUGAGCUCUUAUAGUGACAAGGAGUCUCUACUGGACGCUGUGCAGCGAAUCACCUACAAGGGAGGAAACACCAAGACAGGCCGAGCCAUUAAGCAUGUUAAGGAGGCCAUCUUUACUGAGGAUGCUGGAGUGAGGAGGGGCAUUCCUAAGGUGCUAGUGGUGCUCACGGACGGACGGUCACAGGAUGAUGUCAACAAGAUCUCCAAGGAGAUGCAGAUGGAGGGUUACAUCAUCUUUGCCAUUGGCUUUGCCGAUGCUGACUACGGGGAGCUGGUGAACAUUGCCAGCAAACCUAAUGAGAGACAUGUGUUCUUUGUAGACGAUUUGGAUGCUUUCAAGAAAAUUGAAGAACAGCUCAUAACUUUUGUUUGUGAAGCUGCGACUGCCACUUGCCCUUCAGUGUUAAUGAGUGGGAACACUUUAGCCGGCUUCCGAAUGAUGGAGAUGUUUGGUUUGGUUGAGAAGCGCUACAGCAGUGUGCAAGGUGUCUCAAUGGAGCCUGGAACCUUCAACAGCUUCCCCUGUUACAGGCUGCACAAGGAUGCACUCAUCUCCCAGCCUACCAGGUAUAUACAUCCUGAAGGCCUUCCGUCUGACUACACGAUAACAGUGAUCUUCCGCAUACUGCCUGAAACUCCUCAGGAGCCUUUUGCGUUGUGGGAAAUACUCAACAAAAAUAAUAAGCCACUGGUUGGCAUUCUCCUGGAUAAUAGAGGUAAAACAUUAACCUUCUUCAAUCACGACUACAAGGGAGAUUUUCAAACUGUGGCUUUCGAAGGAACCGAAAUUAAGAAAAUGUUCUAUGGCAGUUUCCAUAAGCUUCAUGUGGCCAUCAGCAAAACCACAGCCAAAGUGGUGAUCGACUGCAAGACAGUGGGAGAGAAACCCAUCAGUGCUGCAGGGAACAUCACUAUUGAUGGAGUGGAGGUUCUGGGACGCAUGGUCCGUUAUCGUGAAAGGAGGGACAACUCAGCUCCGUUUCAGCUCCAAAUGUUUGACAUAGUCUGUAGUACCUCAUGGGCUGGGCGUGAUAAGUGCUGUGAACUACCAGGAUUGAGAGUAGAAGAGGACUGUCCUGCAAUGCCCCUUGCCUGCACCUGUUCUCAGGACAGCAAAGGACCACCCGGACCCUCCGGACCACCGGGCGGUCCUGGUAUAAGAGGUUCAAGAGGAGAUCGAGGGGAGCCAGGCUUGAUGGGGCCCCAAGGGUCACCUGGUGUGAUUGGACCUCCAGGACCACAAGGACCACCAGGUCCUCAAGGGCCAAAUGGACUGUCCAUUCAGGGGCCACCGGGAGUUUCAGGAGAGAAGGGAGAGAAGGGUGAAACAGGUCUGCCUGGUCCUCAGGGUGUACCAGGUGCCAGUGGAGGGCCUGGCAGAGAUGGACCUCCAGGACAGAGAGGGUUGCCUGGUAAAGAUGGACCCCAGGGACGAGUAGGUCCUCCAGGACCCAUGGGAAGCCCUGGGGCUCCUGGGGCCCCAGGAUCAAGUGGACCACCAGGACCAAUUGGUGAUCAGGGACUGCCCGGGCCUUCCGGCACCAAAGGCGAGCGGGGGGAGAGAGGUGACAUGCAGUCUCAGGCAGUUGUCCGGGCCAUAGCACGACAAGUUUGCGAGCAGCUAAUUCAGAGUCACUUGUCUCGCUACAACUCCAUUCUGAACCAGAUUCCCAGUCAGUCUGUUUCAGUACGGACAGUACCAGGUCCUCCAGGUGAGCCUGGUCGCCCGGGACCUCAGGGGCCACAGGGAGAGCAGGGUCUGUCUGGCAGACCAGGAUUCCCUGGAGCUAGUGGACAAAACGGCCGUCCAGGAGAGAGAGGUCUCCCGGGAGAAAGAGGCGAGAAGGGCAGCCCAGGGGUAGGGACACAGGGUCCCCGUGGUCCCCCAGGACCCCCAGGGCCUCCUGGAGAAGGUCGGACAGGCAGUCAGGGCCCUCCAGGGAGACCUGGCAUUCAGGGCACCUCUGGACGCCCAGGUACCCCUGGUAACCCUGGCCCUGCAGGACCCCCUGGCUACUGCGACCAGAACUCCUGCCUCGGGUACAACGUUGGAGUACAACAGUUACCCUCCGGCCCCUACCAAAACUACGGCCCCGCCACGAACUAUAACGACGAGGAGGAUGAGGAGGACCCUUAUGGUGGCUACCCUCCUCAGUACCACCAACCCAGCUACCCUGAACUCCAUGCCUCCAGGCCUGGCCCCGCCCACCCUGGUGACAUGGCGGAGAUGAGGUCACCUGGCAUGCGUCGCUUCUCCCGCAGCGUGACUGAAGAGGGGAGCGUGGAUGGGUCGGCAGCGAACGCAAAGGCCUAAUAGCUCGGGUGACCAUCCUCAGCAAACCGAUCGUCCACACACUUUUCAUCAGAAUAUCCUGCAGGAUAGCACUGAGGGAACUCCGAAAAGUGCCUGUUAUAUGCAUCGUUACGGGGAGUGGGUGAGUGGUGUGUGGAGAAGAUUGGAAAAUGAAACUGUGCCAAUAUUCAUUCAGUGACUUUUCUGUCUUUUGUGAGGUUGCAUGUGGCCAAUGAGACAACGAGCAAGUUUGAACAAAACAGCGGCUAUGAGUUAUGUGUAGUCCAUAUCUUAUGUAAAUGAUAAUGGGGGAUAUCUGUACAGUUUGUGUAAUUGUUUUUUUUUUAAAGGGAUAGUUCACCCAAAAAUGAAAAUUAUGCCAUAAUUUAUUCACCCCACAAGCCGUUCCAACCCAGUGUUAUUUUCUUUCUUCCAUGAAACAUAAAAUGAGAUCUUAAAGUUUUUUUGUCUGAUUUUCAAGUCAAAUCAAAGUUUGUAUGUUGUGAUUCACUUCAGAGCUGGUUGCUUUGGUUCAGGGCUUACAAUUGUUUUAUGAAGGAUUUUAUGGAAUCCCAAAGGAAAAAAAAUAAAUAUAUGAAAAACACUUCUGGAACCAAGAUGGCUAAAAAAGUGGGUGGGCACUUUUGAGCUCUAUUAUUCACUGAAAAUAUUCCCCUCACACGUUGCUCACAAACAUCAUUCUUGGUCACAUUUUUAAGGACACUGCGAUUGGUCACAUGACAUGCAAGGACCGCUGUUUGGCAUCAGUGGUGUCAAACCUGGUGAAUGGCUCAGUUUGAAUAGAACACAAGCACCAAUGAUAUUUGAAUGCAGUGACAGGGAUAUUAUCAGCAAAUAGAGAUAAUAUUUGGUUCUUUUCUUCACGCAAAGCUAUCGUAUGGCUACAGAAGACAUGUAAAACUGUAUAGCGCACCAGUUGUAUGGACUACUUUUAUGAUGUUUCCUUUGGUGCUUUUUUAUAGCUUGGCCUUUAAAAUCAGUGUAGUUGUAUGGAAAACAGCAGCACAGAGAUUAUAGGAAGAAAAUUCUGGGUUGCAAAGACAUGGGGGUGAGAAAAUGUCCAAAAUGUCAUUUGUGAUCUACCAUGUUACAACGUUCUCACAUGUUUACAGCAUUUUGCAAUUAUCUGGAACUGGCUUCUUGAGUUAUUUUAUUUAGAGAAAAAUACCUCCGUUGAUGCUUUUGAUGUUCUUGUCACUAGCAAUUAUUUAUGAAAAGCUCAAUUCUUAAUCAUACUCAAAACCUGUUAAUGAAAAAUCUGUUAAUGAAAAUCUGGUAUUUGUGACUGUGUAACACCACACAUUUUGUCUGGAUGAUAAUUGCAUUAUCACAUAUUAAUGUGAACUUCCUGUGCAUAUGUUCUUGUUAGAUGACGUGUCAUUCAAUCAGUGGGGAUUUUUUCAUAAGAGCUCUGCAUGGAGUUCUUUCCCGUCUCUGUGGUUCUGUGUCCUAUGGGCCUUUUCACUGUGAAAGAGACUUGAAUAGUUAGGCCUGUGGUCUACUGUCCUUUCAGAAUGACUCAAACUGCAUGUGGAGCAGGUUGCCAGUGGAAAGACUCAUCACCAGACCUUUGAAUCUGCAAAGUAAUUUAUUUUUACUUUAUUUGUUUUUGUAACCAAUAAAACUGUACUGCAACAAUGACUCAACAUGACGUCUCGUCUGGCUUUUAUUGUGUUGCUCUGUAUGUUUUUUUAUUGAUGUCACCCAAAAAAGGAUUUAAAAAUUACAUUUUCUUUUAAUAAACUUUUUUUGUUUUGUUUGUUAAUGAGCUCAGAUAAUGGAACAUCCACUGAGGUUCCUGCUUGGAUAAUAAAAACAAACCAACUCAAUUUUACUUCCACAAAAAAUUUUAAACACGAUAGCCAGCCAAAAGACACAAGUAACUAACAAGAGCAUUUUAUUUCCAUCCCAACACAGUGUUGUUUUAAAGAGCUAAGCAGACUUCAAAAGGCCAAAGUGUCAUUAGAAAGGGCUUAUAGAGCCAUAUGAAGUUAAUUAAGGCCAAAGUAGCAGUUGAAUUAGAGCAGGAUCAGGCUUCAGAGAGCACUGCUAAAGCCAUUUGUGGGACAGGGAAAGGCCAAAGAAUCUUAACUCUAUUAUUAUAGGGUAAAAGAUAAAUGAAUAGGGCUGCUGCUGUUUGCCUGCCACUAUGUCUUGGUUUAAGAUUAGAAAAAUACACAUUAUCAGGUUUUUAAGGAAUUAAUCUCUAUUAGGCAUGUAAUGCGUUUAUGAUUGCAUCUUGGAUAUAAAACAUAACAAUGUGGACAAAUUGACUGUUUAUUUUUACUAUUUUUAGACAUAAUUUAUUCUAUAUAGACAAUGAUAUAUAUAUAUAUAUAUAUAUAUAUAUAUAUAUAUAUAUAU